GACUCACCUAAUCUUCCAUCUUCAUCAAUCCAUCCAUCCACCAUCCACACCCUUCAAUGUCUGUCUAACCAGACUCAUCUCUUAAACUCAACUUAAAUAAAGACUGGUAACAGCACCGUCGCGCUUAUGCGUUUGGCACCUUCCGUCUUCACCUCUCAGGACUACAUCUCGGAUCACCUCUGGAAAGCUUCCGGAAACUUUUGAAUAGCCACCACAAACAUCUACCUGCUUCACUUCUCAUCACACCUAAACCAUAUCACAUUAUGUUCGCUCGACUCUUCAAGGCCAUGCCCGCCCGGGCCCAGGCCUUCCCUUCCGUGAAUGCCUCCGUCCAGUCCCGCUUCAUGGCCACCGUUCGUCAGGGACGCCCGGCCACUGAACGCGCUACUUUCACGAUCCGAGAUGGCCCGAUCUUCCACGGCAAGUCCUUCGGAGCCCGCUCCAACAUCUCGGGUGAAGCCGUCUUCACCACCUCCCUUGUCGGAUAUCCCGAGUCCUUGACCGACCCCUCCUACCGUGGUCAGAUCUUGGUCUUCACCCAGCCCUUGAUCGGUAACUACGGUGUCCCCUCCGCUGAGCGGGAUGAGCACGGUCUGCUCAAGUACUUCGAGUCCCCCAACCUCCAGGCUGCCGGUGUCGUCGUCGCCGACGUCGCUGAGCAGUACAGCCACUGGACUGCCGUCCAGAGUCUGGGCGAGUGGUGUGCCCGCGAGGGUGUCCCCGCCAUCUCGGGUGUUGACACCCGUGCCAUUGUCACCUACCUCCGUGAGCAGGGCUCCUCCCUCGCUCGUAUCACCGUCGGAGAGGAGUAUGACGCCGAUCAGGAUGAAGCCUUCGUCGACCCUGAGCAGAUCCACUUGGUUCGUCAGGUCAGCACCAAGGCCCCCUUCCACGUCAGCGCCGCCAACUCCCAGUGCCACGUCGCUGUCAUCGACUGUGGUGUCAAGGAGAACAUCCUGCGCAGCUUGGUCAGCCGUGGAGCCAGCAUUACUGUCUUCCCCUUCGACUACCCCAUCCACAAGGUCGCUCACCACUUUGAUGGUGUCUUCAUCUCCAACGGUCCCGGUGAUCCCACUCACUGCCAGGAUACCGUCUACAACCUCCGCCGCUUGAUGGAGACUUCCCAGGUCCCUAUCUUCGGUAUCUGCUUGGGCCACCAGCUUUUGGCUUUGGCCAACGGUGCCCGUACCGUCAAGCUCAAGUAUGGUAACCGUGCUCACAACAUUCCUGCCCUGGAUCUGAGCACUGGCCGCUGCCACAUCACCAGUCAGAACCACGGUUACGCUGUGGAUGCGGACACCCUUCCUUCUGACUGGAAGCCCUACUUUGUCAACCUGAACGACGCUAGCAAUGAGGGUAUGAUCCACAAGACCCGUCCUAUCUUCAGCACCCAGUUCCACCCGGAGGCUAAGGGCGGUCCUCUGGACUCCUCUUACCUCUUCGACAUCUACUUGGAUAGCGUGGUCAAGUACAAGAACAGCCAGUCGGCUUUCCAGCCUGGCCGUGAAACCGCUCCCAGCCCUCUCUUGGUUGACUUGUUGGCCAAGGAGCGUGUUGGUGUGCAGCCUACCAUUGGCAUGCAGAACGUGGCCGCUGCUGCCGCUGCCGCUGCCGUUGCUGCUUAAGAGGUUCGUCGAAUUGGGUUUGGAGUUCAUGGUUUGGGUACGGUUGGAUCAUAUGCGGUUUCUUUUGUCAAAAUGGUUCGGUUCAUAAUUUGGGUACAUUUUUGAGUUUAAUGUAGUAAAUACAUUUUCCUUCUAAGCAUAG